UGCUGUGAAGCUUGUGGAAGGUAAAGAGGGUGCCGAAGAGGUCGCCGAGAAAGAAGAAGAUAGCAGAGAUGCCGUGCCUCAAUCUCUCCACUAACGUCGACCUUAAUGGCGUCGACACCUCCGCCAUCCUUUCUGAGGCGUCCAAAACCGUCGCCAAGCUCAUCAACAAGCCCGAAGCAUAUGUGAUGAUAGUUUUGAAAGGAUCAGUGCCUAUAUCAUUCGGGGGAACUCAGGAGCCAGCUGCUUAUGGUGAACUUGUUUCUAUUGGUGGACUGAAUCCUGAUGUGAACAAAAAAAUAAGUGGUGCUAUCGCCACAAUUCUUGAGACAAAGUUGUCCAUCCCGAAGUCUCGUUACUUUUUGAAGUUUUAUGAUACAAAGGCUCAUCAAACUCAAGAAUUUGCACAGUGUUUACAUGCUACACAUCAGCAAUAAAUCAUGUAAAUUGCUCUUAGUUUUGUGAUCCAUUCUCACUUUAAUCAUCCUUAAAAGUAGUUUGUUGGUGUUAUGAGUCAUCUGUAGAAACAUUGUAUAAAUGUUUUUUUCUUUAUAGUGAAGCUUACUAGAUUUCAUA